GUACCGUGCGAGACAUGUGUGAAGCGGGGUUGCUCGGCCAUCUGUCCAGAAGGUUGUUCUUUGACGACAGGGAAGGGUAAUCGCCUAGCGCUUGCAGAUGCGGAGGAGCUGCACAAGAAGGUUGAGCGCCUCCGUGCCCGCUCAGCUGCUUUGGAGGACGCCUUGCGUACCCUGCAAGCAGCUGUAUCCGACGAACCACAUCCAUUACUUCUCGAGGAUAGCAUGCAGAUAACAGAGCGGCACAAUGGUUCUCCAACAGAAGGGCCUCUCCUGUCCCGAGAGGAGGAAGAGGUCUUGGAUGCCUUUGGCACAUUGACGCUAGGACUUCGGGGGGAGUCUCGAUUCUUUGGCCAGACAGCUCGAUCUGAGGCACCUACAAGACUCCUGGCUACGUGUACACCGUUCCCUCACCUGUCAAAAGACCUCGUAAAAGAAGCGAACGGAGAGCUAGAUGUCCCUUGCGAUCAUGCUGCUGUGCAAGACGAAGUGCGCGCUUGUCUGCCCACAUUAUCACAGGCGUGCCACCUGUGCGAGAUCUUCAUGGAAUACGGACAGUACUUGUGGUAUCCGAUUCCGCGGAAAGAGCUCUUCGACGACAUCCUGGGUGCCGUCUACCGAUUUCCUGCCCAUACCGGUUCACACAAAGCUUGGCUCCAAAUCGGCCUUGCGGUUAAGCUCGGAUUCAGCGUGCAUGUGAGCAGUUCCCGGUGGAAGCUUGACAGCGAAUCGGGCCAGAGACGAGCUCGUGUCUUCUGGCAGUUAUUCACGUAUGAUACCUGGAUGAGUUUCGGAUUCGGCAGGCCUCCGAGCAUGAGCCUUGCAUUCAUAGACUGCGAAGCGGCGACGGACCCAGAAGAGCGGUAUACCCAGGACGGUCAGCGAGAAUGGGGCUUCCAUGCAUGGAUGUCAAACUACACACGCCUCUUACACACUGUCAUCACCGCCGUGUUCGGUGCCAAGACGCCACAGUACUCGAACGUCAUUGAGUACGACCGCAAGAUCCGCGACUUCCCCAUCCCCGAGCACCUCCGAUCAAAGUGCGGAUACCCGGGAGAGCCGGAGGCGACUGGCGCGUUGUAUUGGCAGCGCUGUCUUGUCAUAACGGCCAAGGAAGCGACUCUCUUGAGCUUGCACCGUGCCUUUUUCACGCGCGCCUUGCACGAACAACCCCAUGAUUUGUUGCGCCACCGAUAUGGCCCGUCGGUCAUGGCUAUCUACCGCUCCGCGUGGAGAAUUAUAGAAGGAGCGAAAGACUGUCUCAAGCGGGCUGCGCCCGUCGCGUCGCGAUUUGGCUACAUCUGGUCAGGUUGCCUAGCCGGAGGGAUCGUGAUGUGCUUGCUGGUCACCCGCGCGCCUACCUCGCCACUUGCAGUAUCUUCGCUGCAGGAGCUGGACGUCUUGUGUGAACUGUUCGAGCAGGCGGCGGGCUCUAGCCAGAUAGCCUCCGGCAACCUGGACGUCGUGCGCAAGCUCCGCCGACAAGGCCAUGAGGUUAUGAGCAAGCCUCGCAUAGCUGGUGGGGAAAUUGUAGUCGACCAAGAGCUCGACCGCCUCGGCGGCAAGACGCACCUUAUCGCCUCGAUAGAAGAUCCGCCCAUUUCCUGCAUGCGCUCAAACGCGCUUAACGGACGUACAAGCGGGCAGCCAUCCUCGUCUACUACACCCUCGAUGACUACACCCUCAAUGACGCCUCAAUACUCCGCGCCGUCACCGCUGGUCUCGGUGGAAAGCAUCCACCCGACGAUCAUGCAGGACCUGCGUGUUUUCGAGGGCAUCAGCACUGCAGACCUUGCGCAGUACAACCUGGACAUGUCCCUGUCGGAGCAGGUGCCCUUGUACACGCCCGCGCCGGACAUUUUCGAGGAGCUCUUUGGUCCGCAGGCCCUCGCUAUUGAGCCGGAGGCCUCCGGAGGGCCGCCCAUACUUGAUUCCACAUGGCAGUCAUUUGUGGAGCAACUCGGUUUUUGA